AUGGCAGAAACAAUAACUAUGAAGAUUAAUAAAAUGGAAGACGUUCAAUGGAUGUGGCAAUCGAACUCAAAUCCUUGGUCAAAGACUGAAGCAGCUCGAUGGAGUCCUUAUGCAGACAUAGACAACUUUAUUAUUGAAGCAGCAUAUUCUAAAAACGAAGAAUAUGUAAAAUUAGAUGGUUAUGUUAUUGAUCUUAAAAAUAAAGUUCAAAUUUCAAGAAAAAAUGAAAAAAAUCAGAGACCAAUUCAAAGAACGAUGGCAAACAAAGAAGAUAAACAUAUGAGAGAAGAUCGUUUCAUAAGUGAUCCAAUAGCUCCACAUCGUCGUGCCGGUGCUGAAUAUGGAUGGGUUUCUCCUUUCAUAAUUGAAGUGAGAAAAUAUUUGGAACUUGAACCAGAACAAUUGCCUUCAAAAAAUAAAACAAUCGUUCCGAUUAUUGUUGAAAAAGCUGCAGCUGGUAUUAUUGAAGAAGGCAAGACAAUUGGAAAACCAUACGAAGCAGAAAAAUUGUCUCAAAUCUUGUUAGAACAAAAAGACAAAGAUAUUAAUCAAGUUUGGACAUGUUGUGCAUAUCUAUAUUCAAUGGAAAGUUUUUUAUAUAAAAAGUUAAAUGAAACAAUGAGACCUAUAGGAAAUCAUGAACAUGAAAAAAUUUGGCAAAGUAAAAUUCGUACAUUAGGACCAUUUUGUUUGCUCUUAUGGGAUAAUCCAUUUAAUACGAAACUCACAACAGGCAAAGUACUUUUUCGAGUAGGCAAGUUAACAGAAAAACAAAUUUCUAUAUAUAAAGAUUUGGCUAAGAAUCCUGAAGAAUAUCGUUCAUUUCAAGCAUUUACUUCAUGCAGUCGAGAUUCUCAUAUAGCAGAGAAAUUUCCGAGUGCAAACGUCUUAUUCAUUAUGGAAAUAGCUGGUGCAUUCUGCGUUGAUUUAAAGCCAAUAUCUUUAUAUCCAGAAGAAGAAGAAGAACUCAUAACUCCGGGUGUUUGUUUUACUGUUAAAAGUUAUGAAUUUGACGCAACAAAGAAGAAACAUAUAAUCUAUUUGAUCCUAAAACAACGCUUCUCUCGUAAAUCUCAUUAUGAUUUUUUUCAUGAUCAAACUUAUAUACAGAAUAUUACAUAA